GAUCGUCACGCGUUUACGGCGAAUUCAUGGUUGACGACUGUCGCGUUUCAAUCCAAAAUAGACUCCUUUGGAAUGUUUUGCUCAUUUUUGACUGUUGGGAUUCUUCGGAACCUGCAAUUGGACUAGAGCCUUUUCGUAAUUCCGGUACGUUUUACUCUACGUUUGUGUAGUCUGCUUUUGGUUUUGCUAAUGGGAGCUGCACGCCACUCGAAACGUAAAACUCAACAGCUCCGUCCGAAAAGAGGAACGGAGCUUCUUCAAAACAGCUCAAGUUGAUUAGAAAUGGGAUCGUAUUAUUUGAUACAGACGUUAACUUGACUACAUAUCACAAUUGGAAUGGCGCAAUCUUAUAUAACCGCUGAUAGCGACAAGUUAAUUCGCCUCGUUCUGUAUCACGCCACACCUCUGUGGUUUUAUUUUGAAAUCCCUGAGCGGAAAUCGCGCACGGUUCACCUUUGAUCGACGCUGUCAGGAAGUGGGAUGUGGCCAGAUUGUAUUUAUGCUGCCGAUCAAGAUAUGAAAAUCAUUGAAUCAGCGCGCCUCGGGAGCUCUGCUUCGCAGCAGGUCACAGCGGGGGAAACACUUUUGCCCCACGUCCCUCAAGUUGCAACCGGGAGUCGAACGGAGCCGCUGUGUCUUUGCUAUCGUCUGGAUUGGAGCACUUCCCUAAAGACUUGACAAGCUCACGCCCAAUCACUUUAUUGCAACUGCAUUCAGGGCGUUGCUUACGUCAUAAGUAUGUGAAUCCAUACAGUGACUUUCAAGAAAUAGAUGUGUUUUGCUUGAGGACGAAGAUUACCGGGCCUCGUCGUUGAUCACAAAUGUCAGCAAGUCAGCAUCAUCAAGUGAUGAUGGAGUCCUCUUUAGCUCUCGGUAGACUGGACCUGACUUCCGCUGUGGGGGUCAACAUGACCCCGUGCAUCUCUCCCGCUGCCUCCACCAAAGAAAUGAGUGCUCACCGGACAAUUGGAACACAAGGACCGGCUCACUUGAACGGCUGCGUGCCGCUGUCACAUCAGGUCGCAGGUCACAAGUACGGGGUUGAUAAAGUGGGCAUUCUGCAGCAUCCCGAUGGAACAGUCCUGAAGCAACUGCAGCCUCCACCUCGAGGACCGAGGGAGAUGCAAUUUUACAGCAUGGUGUAUGCAGAGGAUUGCUGUGACCCAUGCCUCCUUGAGCUCCAGACGCAUCUCCCGAAAUAUUACGGCACCUUGUCCUCUCCUGAUGCACCUAAUGACCUGUACAUGAAGCUGGAAGAUGUGACCCGACGCUUCGUCAAGCCGUGCAUCAUGGACGUGAAGCUGGGCCAGCGAAGUUACGACCCAUUCGCCUCGCAGGAGAAAAGGGAGCAACAGAUCAGAAAAUACCCACUCAUGGAGGAGAUAGGUUUCCUGGUCCUUGGCAUGAGGGUUUACAAGCUGUCCAGUGACACUGUUGACACGUUCGACCAGCACUAUGGAAGGGGACUGUUGAAGGACACCAUUAAAGAUGGCUUGGCGAAAUUUUUCCACAACGGCGUUUGUCUGAGGAAGGAUGCCGUGGUAGCCAGCAUUCGCCGAGUACAGAAUAUCCUCCACUGGUUCGAGUCUCAGCGUCAGCUAGUCUUCUACGCCAGCUCUCUUCUCUUUGUCUACGAGGGCAUCCCCUCCUCGAGCGCCUUGGGCCUCAUCGCCACCAACAGCCCGGGCGCCGCGGGCGAGGAUGAAAGGAGCCGGGAGGUCGGGGACAAGAAUGAAAAGAUGGCAGAGUACAACAACAACAACAACGUUCAGCCCCGUGAUUGCAGCCGAGACUCCAUUUUCGGCAAUCACAGGAAAGGCGGCCUCCAACUUUGCGCCAAGACUCGCCUUCAGGGUAGCGGCGGAGACGACGCCAUUUUAGGGCCGCCGCCGCCGCGCCAACCCGUAUCCCUCGAGCAAGACAACUCCACGUGGUUGUCCCGGCAACCGCCAAACGGAAACGGAAACAAGCGUGAAGGGAAGGGUGAGGAUGGAGAGAGAGACAAGAGCGGCGGCGGCGGCGGAGGGGCGGAUACCGUGCGAGGUGGAGGCGAGGCGAGCGAAGGCAACGCGCAGGUGGAGGUCAAGAUGAUCGACUUUGCCCACGUUUUCCCCAGCGAGAGCCCCGACCACGGCUACAUCUACGGCCUCAAGCACCUGCUGAGCGUAUUGAACCAGAUACUCUCUGACGACGCUUAGACUCGUCCUCGCCGUCCGCUCUCGGAACCACCACCACCGUCGUCGUCGUCGUCGUCGUCAUCUCACCGGCUUGUGAUGUGUGCGUUUAUGGUUUUCCUGAGCGGAAGUCACAGAGGCUGACGCUUGCACGCACUAAGCAAUCCCCAUUAGGACCCUCCGCCAUCAGCUGCCGGGUCCACUCCAAAAUGUGACCCCGCUUUGCCUGUAAUCCAUUUGAAAUGCACUGGAUUUGACAAGUCUAUUUUUAUAUUGAGGCCACUGAGAGAAGAAGAAGAAGAAAAAAAAAUAACUGUUAGGUAUGUGUUGUAUAUCAGAACAUCUCAAAUCCUGAGUGAGCCAGAGAUUUUUCUGUAUUGUUUUUACCAUAGUAACUAUUUGAUACUAUUUAUAGCAGUUUUAGAUUUGUGCUUAAUGGUGUGGAUGCUGAGAGAAGCUUUCACUGCCAUAUCGCAUCAAAAUGUGUUUUUUUUUUACCCUAAAAAAAAUGAUUGCUUCCCAAACACUUUUUUUUGACAAAUAAGAAAACUAAAAAUGCUAAACUGGCAGUAUGGCGGGGGGAAAAAAAAAAGUUGUCAUCCCCAAAAAGUUGUCCUGCCCCCCAAAAUACUUUUUUUUUUUUUUUGUAUACCACAACAAUGCUUUCUGGAAUCUUAACAUCCAUCAGCUUUUCUUGCUUUUGAUGAUCUCUUCUUUCUUUUGGUGCGUAAACAUCUCUCAGCAUUCACAUUCGUUUUUUGAGGGAAUUUCUAUUUUUCAAACAAUAAAAGGUAAGUCUCUUUCCAAGUUCUAUUUCUGCAUAAAUAACUAGUGUUACCGCGUACGUCAAUAUUACCCAAGAUUGUAUGGUGACGUGUCAUUUCCGCUUGUGCCGUUAUUUCCAUCCGACUUUAGGUUACCAUAGCAAGACUGGCCUGGAUUUGGAAUACAAGAAAGCACUUUGAUUGACAUUAAGACCCUGAAAAACACAAAUACUCGAGUUGAACUGGAUUUCAAACAACUCUCCCACUGGAACUUGAGUUGCUUGAACGUCGUCAUCCUUUGUUAGAAAUGGAAAGCCAAGCUUAAACUGACACACUUUACUGCCAUUCGAUUUCUCGACAUUGUCAUUUUGUCUUUUCGUUGAAUCCAACGUCAACAGGGAUGUAACUCAGGUAAUCAACACCAAGAAUACAUGCCAUUGCCAUUUUUGCUCCCCAGCCAGAGACGAUCCUCGUGCUGUGUAGAUGCUCAGUGUUUUUAAGUCCACGUCAAUCGACAUUUAUGGCUUUGUCAUCGUCGUAUUAUUGAGGCUCCGCACCUAAUUCCGAUCGAUGGUAUCUGGUUAAGAUCAUGAGUUUUCCGAUUGUACACCCGAUCAAUAGGAUGUGAAUGGAGAAAGACAGCAAAGAAUGGGCUUUAGUUUGUUGGUAUGACUUGUCUUGGGCAUUGUAUGGAAGUCAUGGCUACCUUUUCUGUCCUGUUUUCUGAGUUGUCAUUUUUCUAGAAGUUUCUAGGCUGCUCUUUGGACUGACUGCAAAUAUUCCACACACAUUGGAUGAUGUUAAUCAGAUGAAAUGCAAUGAUUGACGGAUGAAUGAUGCAACCCAAAGUGAAAAGGGGCACCAAAAAAAAGAAAACAACCUCCAACUAAUUCAAAUUUAGUUCUUUGUUGGUGGGAUGGUGUAUCUUGUUAGUCUUCUCACCAACAAUGUAACGCAUAUUUAUUUUUUAGAACAAUUUAGUUUUAAUUUUUCUUUUAAAUUGCUGCUAAUCUUUUUUUCCCUACACUAUAACGGGCUCCUUAUUGUGUUUCAAUAUGGCAGGCUGCAUUAGACAUUUGAUUUGAUCUGUAAUGAACUGAAUUGUUCGCAAUCGUUUCUAAAUACAAAUAGAUGACUAAAGUAUAUUUCUUUUGUGAUCAGAAUCGCAUUUUUUGAAGUCCGAUUUGAUGUUUACACGCAUUAUUUUCCUGUAACUGCCAUGUGUGUUGUCAAUGACUUUUUUUUUUUCCUGUCUUUGCGUUUCGAACAUCAUUUUUCGUUCAUUCCGGCAGCUUUAUUGAUCUGUUCAUUUUGCUUGUAAGCUAACAAAUGUCAUCUACAGAUUUACACAGGGAAUCAUGAAUCAAAUAUUUCUGUUUAAUGACAGUAAUGCAACUUGUAACCCGUGUGUAAAGUCUGAUAAUCAGGCUUUGGUACUAAAGCAGGCACUUUUUCCAUGAUUAUAAAUUGUUUACUUAACAUUCAAUAAAAACGAUCACAACUGAA